UUUUUUCAUGAAGUUACGCCAAAUUGAUCGAAAAGCCCGUCAAGCAUUAACUCGUCGUGUAGAUGAUAUAUUCCCUCCUUCAGUCCCUGGAUCGCCUGUAUGGCUUAGACCUUUGCCUGUUUCUCGAAAUUCUCGUGGACAAGUUGCUUGGAAUCCUUAUGAUUGUAUGACAUUGCAAUGUUUGUGUCCUUUCUUUAGGGGAACAAUGCGUGAUGAUGGUUAUUGUUAUUUACGUAAUGGGAGGCCUUUAGCUAUUGCUUACAGAAAAGAGUAUAGAAUGAUGACAGAUGAUGAAAGAGAACGUUUUCACUCAGCAUUUAAUCAACUAAAAUUUAACGGGGAAUAUGAGAGAUUUGCUAGAGAGCAUCAAUCUGUAAGUCAAGGAGGUGCUCAUUCAGGCCCAGGUUUUCUUCCUUGGCAUAGAGAAUUUAUUAAAAGAAUGGAAAUUGCUUUACGUUUAAUUGACCCAACAGUAGCUCUUCCAUAUUGGGAUUCUGUUCUCGAUGUUUAUUUACCCGAUCCAAGAGAUUCAAUUAUUUUUUCUCCUUUAUUUGCUGGGGAGAUUGAUAUGAAUGGAUUUGUGGUUAAUGGGCCUUUUGCUUUUUGGAAUACAAUUGAGGGAAGGAAUACUAUUUGGAGGACACUUUCUGGAGAGGGUGGUUUAUUUAAUGAAGGCCAAUUGUCUUCUGUGGCCAAUGAACCAAAUAUAGAACAUGUCCUCUCAUAUACAGUCCCUCUCGCAGGAUGUCCAAUACCCGUAAACUUCAAUGCUUUGGAAUACUCCCAUUCAAAUAUAGUGCCAGAAACAUCAGCAAAUGACCCAAUCUUCUACAUGCAUCAUUCUUUUGUUGAUUUAAUUUUUGAAAUUUGGCGUCAACGACAACAAAGAAAGUCCGUAAUAUAUUUUAAUAAUAAAGGGACUUGCCUAUAUUUUAAUUUAAAUAAUGAAUUAAUUAUAUUUCUGAUAACCUUUUGGGAAAUAAAAUUUUGUUAUUAUUUGUGGUCAUGUGGAAAUGAAUUUCAUUUUUCUUAUGCUUGGAUGAGGCCUUUUGAUUUUCUUUCCAAUCAAGAUGGGUUAUCUAAUGCUUAUACCGAUCAAUUAUAUAGAUAUGCUCAACGACCAACAUGUUCAGCACAAGUCCCUACUUGUGGAUCUAGGCAAGUCUUAUUAAAAUAUUUGUUUUGCGAUUUCAAUCAUGGAUUUCCUCAUUGUGUAGCCAAAAUAAAGUUUGGUGGUAUUUGUGAGGGUUUUGAUGGAAUGGAUGCUUGUUUUAACGGUCAAUGUAUUUUUGGAAGGUGCCAACAAGGCCCCACACCUCCACCCUGGCGCCCAACCCCUCCGCCAACACCUCCACCACCUCUACAGCUUAGACCAAUGUCUAGAGGAAUUCAAAGAAGAGGAAAUCAGAGGCGCAUUCCCCCUCCACCCCCUCCAAUUGUAAGAAGACUUUUAAGACGUCCAAUAGAAUCACAACAAACUCGAAGAUUUUUAACACGUCAAAUGGCAGCAACAACACAUAAACUUUUUAUUAAUUGUUUUAAUAUGAAUCCUUGUUGUGAGCAUUGGGCAGAGAAUGGGGAAUGUAAAACAAAUAAAAAAUAUAUGGAGAAAUAUUGCAAAGCAGCUUGUGAACUUUGCACGCCCAAUUUUAAUAUAACAAAUGAAUGUGUAGAUAGACAUGUUAGUUGUAAACAAUGGAAGGAAGGAGGGGAAUGUUUGGGGAAAUCGAAGUUAUUUUUACAAGAAAAUUGUCGAGAAAGUUGUGGAUUGUGUAAACAAAAUAAAUAUGAAAAUUCUUGUCUUCCACAGGGAUUAUUAUUACACGAACACAACAAAAAUAUAAUUAAAGAAUUAAAAAAGAAUGGAAAUAUUACUUUAGAAAAUAUUCCCUUUAGAAAUUAA